AUGUACAAGAGUAGUCAGUCACUUGACACACUUGUUUCGAAGGAUAAUUCACAAUCAAAAUGGUGGCGAAAUUCUCAAUACCGAACCAUCUUCAUUUUUCUCACCAUAGUCUUAACAUUACUCAUUGUUAUACUAUCGCUAAUGCUUAAAUACAUGGUUUUCGUACCGAUGAAACCUGAAACUAUCGUGACAACAAUACCAAACGGUACACAUCAGUGGAAAUGGAGUGCCACUCACAAGAAUAUGAACGUCGGUCGAAAAUUUCAUACAGCAUCCGUAUUGAACAACGGAAAAGUUUUAGUUACCGGUGGUUUUUAUCAUGAUAUUCUAAAUAGUGUUGAAUUGUACGAUCCGUCAAAAGAUAGUUGGUCAUCUGCGGUUUCGAUGACUUUUGGACGGUACAUGCAUACAGCAUCUCUUUUGAGUGAUGGAACAGUAUUGGUCACUGGUGGUAAUGACGGUUAUACUGGUCAGAAUAGCACCGAACUGUACGAUCCAUCCACAGAAACGUGGACGACAGUGGAUAGGAUGAAUCACGGUCGAAUACAACACACGGCAUCGGUUUUGAAAAACGGGAAAGUAUUGGUUACCGGUGGAAAACAUGGAGAUGAUUAUCAUAGAAGUGCUGAAUUGUAUGAUUCAUCAACAAAAGGUUGGGCAAAUGCUGGUUAUAUGAACGAUGCUCGUGUAGAACACACUGCAACGAUGUUAAACAAUGGAAAAAUAUUACUAACAGGUGGACAUAAUCUUCGUGCAUUGAAUACUGCUGAACUGUAUGAUCCAUCAACAGGAAUUUGGACAACUACUGGCAGUAUGAAUCAUGCGCGAUAUUCUCACACAGCAUCUCUUUUGACCAAUGGAAAAGUCUUAGUAGCCGGUGGUCUUAAUUCCAAUGGAGCUUUGGACAGUGCUGAACUAUAUGAUCCUUCAACGGAAAUUUGGACGACGACGGCAAAUAUGAAUUACACACGAUGUAAAGUACGCUGUUUGACUCGAUAUUUAUUCUGUCGACCGACAAGAGAUAACUAUUCAUAUUGUUUGUCUUUAAACAUAUUCCAAAACUUCGUACACACGAAAGAACAAUAUAAUCCGUAUGUCAUUAUUGGGUAUUUCAGCAUGCGCUCAGAAGAAAAAUAUUAUAGAGCUACAACAUGUAAGAUUGAACGUAUUCUCGGUUGUUCAAAAACUGUAUGCCGCGAAUGGAUGAGAAGCAUGCCGUUAAAUGACUGCUUUGGUCUCCAGUUGAACGUUAGUUAUGUCGUCACGACGCAUGCAAGGAAUCACUAUCUAACAAGAUUGAACUCGUCAGAUGUUUGUUACUACAAUAUAAACAAUCAUAAUGAAGUGAAAUGGAACAAGUUCAACGUUACUCCCUAUUUAGUCAUGUUUAUUUCCGGUGUUCUUUUAAUCUUCAUUGCGAUAUUAUAUUCAAUUAUAGUCGCCAGGAUAUGCCCCGCUGUAGAGUGCGACCAAGAGCUCAGUCCUGAACAAGAGCAGAUGCUUAAUAACUUUUUUAUGUCCUUCUGA